UGUAUUGGUUUCUAAGGCAGAAGAGCAGUAAGGGCUAGGCAAUGGGGUUAAGUGACUUGCCCAGGGUCACACAGCUACGAAGUGUCUGUGGUCAAAUUUGAACCCAGUACCUCCUUCCUUGAGGCCUGGCUCGCCAUCCACUGAGCUACCCAGCUGCCCCCUCAAACUGAUUUCAAAUUAAAAUUUCUUAUUUCAUCUGUUAUUCCUCCCUAAAUGUACUUGCCAGUCAACUUUUUAAUAAUCUUUUUAAAAAAGCUAAUUGUAAAAUAAAAUUAGAAGCAGUAUAGUUUCUUAGAAUCAGAAUUUCAGAAUUAGAACAGACUUCAGAGAUUAUCUAUUCCUUAAUACUUAAUAGGAAUUUCAUCUAUAGCAUCUAUAAAUGAUUAUCCAACCUCCACUGGUAAAUACCACUACUUCUGAAGAAUUUCACUUUUUGUCAGUUCUAAUCAUUAGGAAGUUUUCCUUUACGCUCAGUAGAAGCAGGGUUCUUCAAUUACCACCCAUUCUUCCCAAAUUUUCCCUCUAGAUCUAGAGAACAAAUUUAAUUCUUCCCAUUGACAGCUUUUAAAAUACUUGAAGAGGGGGCAGCUGGGUGGCUCAGUGGAUUGAGAGACAGGCCUAGAGACGGGAGGUCCUGGGUUCAAAUCUGGCCUCAGAUACUUCCUAGGUGUGUGACCCUGGGCAAGUCACUUGACCCCCAUUGCCUAGCCCUUACCACUCUUCUGCCCUCGAGUCAAUACACAGUAUUGACUCCAAAAAGGAAGGUAAGGGUUUAAAAGCAACAACAACAACAACAAAAACUUGAAGAUUGUUAUCAUGUAUUCCUUGAAUCUUCUUUUCCUUAUCAUAAACAUCCCCAUUUGUUUUAUUUGCUAAUCUUAUGCAUGAUUUUCAUUUAUUCUUAAAGUCUCUCUGUCUUGGGGAAAACAAAGAGACAUAUAUUACUGGGUUAUUGUUGUUUUCCUAAAAGCAAAAUAAUAGUUCAUUUGAAAGCUUUGAAAUGCUAUUUUAAAAGUCACUCAUAUCAUUUAUACCAUUUAUACCAGCAAUAUCUAGCAUUUUUCUAGAGAGGAGGAAUUUAUAAAUACCAAAAGGUAGGGUUUUUUAAAAUUUAUUAAAUUGAAGUGAUUAAAAUGUUACAAAGCACUUUACUUUUGCAAAGUACUUUAUAGUAGUAGUCUCUCGGUAACCGAGGAUGAUGAUUGUCUUUGUGCACAAAGACACUUGUGUGUGAAGAUGUAAGUGGAAAAGUCGAUGCACAGAGACAGUCCCACUCUCUCAGCGCUGGAAGCCUGGGUCCAGCGGCACAAAAAGUUGUUACACCUGGAGACUUCCUUGGCUGCAUUAGAUGGCCGUGUUGUCUUUUGUGCUCCAACACGCCCUAAGCACUCCACAGUGCCUUGCUGCAUCGCCAUCUCAGCCGUUGAACCUUCUUGUUGGUUUCUUCUGCCUAUUCUGCCGAAACAGUCUUUACAUGCUGGGUGAGCAAAGCCCUGGUUCACCAGGGGUCAACGACCCGAUGGCUACCCUCACAAGGUUUAGCUGGCCUGUCGAAGCCAUUGCCCGGGGUGUGGCCACUGCCACAUGCUAGCAGCUACUGGGAGCCACAAGUGAGAGCUGGGUGUCAGGUGAGGAUCAGAGGCUGGAAAGCUGACCUAGGAGGGCACGACAAGCCCUCCAUACCAAAGAUAUUACUCCUCCCUGAGCACCCCAUACACCCCAAAGUACUUUAUAACCAACUUGUUAAUUAACCCUUUUAUGGCUACUAUUAGGUAUAGUUCACCUGAGGUGAACAAAGUAAUUUAAGAAUCCUUAUUUCCUAAUUUUGCAGAUUUUUAAAAGAUUAAGCUGCCAGAAUUCACCCUGUGAGAAUAGCCUUAGCAUCCUUAUAGUAGCAAUUAAGUGAUUCUGACUUGAAAAUUUCUUGUUGAUGAGCAUCAUUGAAAUAUAGGUGUGUUACAAUAUCCAUAUUUAAUUGAUUUAAGCUUAAGGGAAAAGUAGUUUAUACAAUGAAUGUGUUUUAUAUGAAUAUUACUUUGAUUCAAAGGGUUGGGUAUUUUAUAGUAUUUGGAAUGUGAUUCAUAUUUUAUUGCAUUAGACAUAAUUGGUUUCUAUUUUAUUACACAUCAUUUAAUUUUUUAAAGAUAUGCAGCAGGUUUUUUUUUCAGACAUCUGUCAUUUAAUUGGUCAUUUUGCUAAUUCUUUUAAAAAUAAUAGAAAUGGAAAUAAGUAUCAAUUCCUGUUCUUUAGCACAUAAAGAUUAGCUAGCUGUGUUCAUUCACAUGAACAGUCAAUUUUUCAUUUGUAUCAGAGGUCUUUGCCACCUUAAAAUAAGUAAAUAUGAUAGUUUAUAAAUCAAAUUAAAUUAAUAGUUUGAAAAAGGAUUCCAAAUAAAAAUCAACUUUUAAAUUGACAUCCAGAUAAAAUUAUUUUUAUGUUUUCCCAUUAAAAAUAUGCUUUGCUCAUAUAGUUCUGAGAAGAGCAGAGGCAGGCUGGUGGUAGCAGCUGUUUACCUUUUAAAUUAUACCCUGUUUAGAUUAAUGUUACAGUUAGUCUACCUUUCUUGAACAUUUACUGGACAGCAUGGGCAAGUGGCAUUAAAGUUCAGGCAGUACUUGAGGGAAUGAUUAUCCAGGAUUAAAAUAGUCACUUUUAUAGAGCUAUUUCUUUUGAUAAGGACUUAGUUCAAAUAUUACUUUGUAAUUUUAACCUGACAAAAAAUGCCCUCCAAUAUAGUUUUAAGUUGGGGAGGAAGGCUAUAAUUUUAAACUAUUUUAAAGAUUUCCUUUUUUAUUAUUAAUUGAAACAUGUAACUAUAAUUUAUUUUUAAAUGAUCAAUUUACAUAGUUAAUAAAUAUUAAGUGUCUUCUAUGUGUCAGUCACUGUGCUAGGCUCUGGGGGGGAUAAAGGAAGGCCAAAAAACAGUCCUUGCUCUCAAGAAGUUAUAGAGGGGAUGGGGGAGAACCAUAUACAAGCAAAACAAGGGAUAUGCAGAAUAAAUAGGAAAUAAUUAACAGAAGGAAGGAACUAUAAUGAAGAGGGAUUGGGAAGGGCUUCCUUUAAAAGAUGAAAUUUUAAUUUGAACUUUAAGGGACUCACUGGGUGAAGUCAAAGGAGAGCAUUCUGACACUGGAAGCUGUCAGAAAAAAGAAAAUCUUUUGGGUUUCCGUUUUAAUAGUAAUUUGGCCUAUAUUCUUUAGGGAUUUCUCUUGCCCCACCUUUUUUUAAAAUAUAGCUUCUGGGAGGCUUCCUACUCACUUUUAAAAAAUCCCUUUGUAUUUAUAUUUAUCAGAUUAACAAUAAUUUUGAGUUAUUCUGCUUUUGAAUAAGUUUUCUUUAUAUACAAGUUUUGCUUGCAACUCCACAGAGUUAAGAAACUCUGCUUCCGUAAGGGCUUAGUCAUCUUAUGGUUCAUUAUUACUAAUUAAUAUUUUUGCAUCUGAAUCAGAGCUUCACUUGGGCAACCUUUUACUUUCAAGAUCAAUAUAUCCUGCUUUCCCUGUGUUAGUUUCUCUUUGAAGACUGUAUAGGAUUUACUUGUUCUCUGAGUUGCAAAUAUUUUAUUUACAGCUUCUUUAUUAAAAAAAAAAAAAGAGGGACAGUAUUCCAAAUGGACUUGCUUUUAGUUGUGGUUUAGUUUUUGAAAUUGCUAGAUCAUUUCCAAGAUUCAAUUAAAUGUACCAUUUUUAUCUAGCACCUACUGUGUGAAGAGAGAGUUUAGGGCAAAAAAAAAAAGACUUGUUCUUGUGAAGCAUAAAAUUUAUGAGAGGUGGAAGAUGAUAGAGAACAACUACAACAUUUUAGAGAGAUAUAUGUAAACCCUGUCAAUGUAAGUGGGUGAAGAUGGCCCAAUUUCCUUUGGGGAUUAGAAAAAGUCUCAUGAUGACCUGCCAUUUGUUAUAAAGUAUGUAACAGAAUUCAACAGGUCAGGACUAAGAUAGAAGACAAAUAGAGACAAGUGGGAACAUUAGGGAUGAUGUAGAGAUCAGAGGCUAGUUUGUUUCAUUAGAGGCCAGAAAAGGGGAAUACUGUAAUACUGAAAAGGUUGGGUGGUAUAGUAUUUUUAGGGAGAUCUUGAUUGCCAGGAAAAGGAAUUGGAACUUUAAUCCAGUAAGAGGGACUAGUUAUUUUUGAGUAGUACAGUGAAAUGACGUUAUUGAAGCAACAUAGCAUUGUGGGUAAAGUGUUGGAAUUGGAGUCAGGAAUAUCUCAUUUCAAAUCUUGUCACAGACACUGAGUAACUAUGUGGCCAUGCAGUAUGAGUCUGUAAAAUGGGAAUAAUAUCUGUAGCUCUUCUUAUGGGAUUGUUGUGGUGAGCAAAUGAGAUCAUAUAUGUAAAGUGCUUUGUAAACUUUAUAACUAUCACAGUGUCAAUUAUUGGUUUAUUAUUGUGCAUAAGAAGCAUUAAUUUGGUUGAAAUUUGUAGGAUGGAGUUGAGAGAUUAGGGAGGGAAUGGAGGUAGAAAGGUCUUUUAGGUAUUUGCAGUAAUCUAGAAGGAUGGUAAAAAGAUCUUAUACUAGGGUGGUGGCAGUGAGAAUAGAAAUGUGGAAGUUAAAUGUGAGAGAUUUGUAAAGGUAGAAUUGGCAGAACUUAAGUGAUUGGCCAUGCAAUUUAGAAUGUUCUUUCAAAAAUAUUAAAUUUAAUACUUCUUUUCAUUUAUAUUGCAAAAUUGUCUUUAGUUGUAGUAGUAUAGGCAUAAGAGAUCUUUUUAAAAAUAAUCUUUUUAAAAUAAAAUAAAAAAUUAACAAAUAUUUACACAAGAAAUUAAAAUAUUGGAAUUCAUUUUUAAACUUUCACUAUUCACUAUUCACACUAUUCACAAAGUUCUCUUAGGAAGAAUUAAGAUAAAGUAGAAGAGACAUUGUUCAUUGGAACAUGUUAGGACCAAAAGACUUUAGCAAAUAAAAGCUAUCAGAAAUGUAGGUAAAAAUGUUUGUUUUGAAGGUUAUGUUAGUUUCUUAUGAAUAUGGGAAAUAAAUCUAUGUCAUGUAGCCUGCUAUAGUGAGUGUUCUAUUCUCUUUUCAUUUACUUUCUGGUCUUAUUUACAUUUUAUCUUUGCUUUGUAAAUUUGUUACUUGGAUGAUGUUAACUUUCUUAAUUCUAAAAUUUACAACAUGAAAUACAUAAAAGUAAAAUAAAUGAAUGAAUAGCAAAGUAAGUUACUAAAGGCUGUGUCAAUAGUUGAUUUUUUCUUGGAUAGUUUGUGUGUGUGUAUGUCCUAAAGAGCUGUUGAUAGGAGACUAGCUUGUAGGACAGAAAAGCAGAGAAGUUAUUAGCAUGCUCUUUUGUAAGGUUACUGAAGAUUUCCAGGAGAACUUGGCUUCUAUGAUAAAGGCUUCAAGUCUAUGAAAUUCAUGUACUCUUUGUAGAAUCCUCUAUCCAGUUCUGACUAGAGAAAAAAAUUUAGUGUAAGGUGACUAUAUUUAAAUAUGCUUACUUCAAGGUUCCACAUUCCAUCUACAGAGAUUACAAUCUCUCUGUUACUACUCCUUUGAGAGUUUCUGUAGCCAAAAAAUUCAUCAUCCUACAGCCAGUCCAUGAUGACUCUCUGAUUAGUUGUAAAGAGUUUGCCAGCUUAAUAAGACCUGCCAGAGCUUGUACUGUGCUGGCAUAGCCAUUGUAAUAGAAGUGGCCAGCUUACCCUAUACUCCUCAGUGUACUUCAUAAAGGAAUCUAAUAGGUUGUUACCUAGUGGCUAAACUAGUAACUAAAUGAAAAUUUUGGAAAAAAAUGACAGCUAGUUCUACAGAUAUAAUGAUUCAAGGCUCUUUGUUUUAAAUUAUAGGUGCCUUUACUAGGAUUCCUUCUGCAUCUGCCAGCGAUUAGAAAAUGUUCAAGAGGAGCCAAGGACAUAUUAAUACCUAAAUGAAUCUUACUCAGUGGUGUUAAUAGAAGAACUAAAAUAUUUGGAGAUUUGAUGACAUGCCACAAAGAACAUUUUUCUGAAGAAUUCAUUCAAAAGGUCCCAGAAGUACAAGAGGCAGAAGUACAAAUGUCUACCACAAGACGAAAGCGCAGCAUGUUAUGUACUUUACCAUAAGCUAUCAUAAAAUGAGCUCAAUUGCAGACAGAGAUGAUGGUAGUAUUUUUGAUGGGCUGGUGGAAGAAGAUGACAAGGACAAAGCAAAAAGAGUAUCUAGAAAUAAAUCUGAGAAGAAGCGCAGAGAUCAGUUUAAUGUUCUCAUCAAAGAAUUGGGAUCUAUGCUUCCUGGUAAUGCUCGGAAGAUGGACAAAUCCACUGUACUACAGAAAAGCAUUGAUUUUUUACGGAAGCACAAAGAAAUUACUGCACAGUCAGAUGCCAGUGAAAUUCGACAAGACUGGAAACCUACAUUCCUUAGUAAUGAAGAGUUUACACAAUUAAUGUUAGAGGCUCUUGAUGGUUUUUUUUUAGCAAUCAUGACAGAUGGAAGUAUAAUAUAUGUAUCUGAAAGUGUAACUCCAUUACUUGAACAUUUACCAUCUGAUCUUGUGGAUCAAAGUAUAUUUAAUUUUAUCCCAGAAGGGGAACAUUCAGAAGUUUAUAAAAUAUUGUCUACUCAUCUGCUGGAAAGUGAUUCAUUAACACCAGAAUAUUUAAAAUCAAAAAAUCAACUUGAAUUUGGUUGCCAUAUGCUCCGAGGAACAAUAGAUCCAAAAGAACCACCCACUUAUGAAUUUGUGAAGUUUAUAGGAAAUUUCAAAUCUUUGAACAAUGUAUCCAGUUCAUCACACAAUGGUUUUGAAGGAACCAUACAACGAUCCCAUAGGCCUUCAUAUGAAGAUAGAAUUUGUUUUGUAGCUACUGUUAGGUUAGCUACACCUCAGUUCAUUAAGGAAAUGUGCACUGUUGAAGAGCCCAAUGAAGAGUUCACAUCUAGGCAUAGUUUAGAAUGGAAGUUUCUCUUCCUAGAUCACAGGGCACCUCCCAUAAUAGGAUAUUUGCCAUUUGAAGUUCUGGGGACAUCAGGGUAUGAUUAUUAUCAUGUGGAUGACCUAGAAAAUUUGGCAAAAUGCCAUGAGCAUUUAAUGCAAUACGGGAAAGGCAAGUCCUGUUAUUAUAGGUUCCUGACAAAAGGGCAACAGUGGAUUUGGCUUCAGACUCAUUACUAUAUUACUUAUCAUCAGUGGAAUUCAAGGCCAGAGUUUAUUGUCUGUACGCACACUGUAGUAAGUUAUGCAGAAGUUAGGGCUGAAAGACGAAGAGAACUUGGUAUCAAAGAAUCUCUUCCUGAGAUCGCGGCUGAUAAAAGCCAAGACUCUGGAUCUGAUAAUCGUAUUAACACUGUUAGUCUCAAAGAAGCAUUGGAAAGAUUUGAUCACAGCCCAACUCCUUCUGCUUCAUCCAGGAGUUCGAGGAAGUCAUCUCAUACUGCAGUCUCAGAUCCUUCCUCAACACCAACAAAAAUUCCAACAGAUAAUAGCACUCCUCCCAGACAGCAUUUACCUGGACAUGAAAAAAUAACUCAAAGGAGGUCAUCAUUUAGUAGUCAGUCUCUAAAUUCUCAGUCUGUUGGUCAGCCCUUAGCACAGCCAAUGAUGUCUCAAGCUACCACUUUACAAAUUCAACAAGGAAUGUCACAGCCUAUGUUUCAGUUUUCAGCUCAGUUGGGAGCUAUGCAACACCUAAAAGAUCAGCUGGAACAACGGACCCGAAUGAUAGAGGCAAAUAUUCACCGGCAACAAGAAGAACUCAGAAAAAUCCAAGAGCAACUACAAAUGGUUCAUGGUCAAGGAUUACAAAUGUUUUUACAGCAAUCAUCCCCUGGAUUGAAUUUUGGUUCCGUUCAGCUUUCUUCUGGAAAUUCAUCAAAUAUGCAACAACUUACACCUAUAAACAUGCAAGGUCAGGUUGUUCAAACUAAUCAGAUUCAAAGUGGAAUAAAUACUGGACAUAUUGGUUCCUCUCAGCACAUAAUACAACAACAGUCAUUACAAAGUCCAGCAACUCAGCAAACUCAACCAAAUAUUCUCAGUGGGCACAAUCAACAAACCUCUCUUUCUAAUCAGACGCAAAGCACACUGACUGCUCCACUGUACAACACUAUGGUAAUUUCUCAGCCAACAACAGGAAACAUGGUUCAGAUUCCAUCUAGCAUGCCACAAAACAAUAAUCAGAGUGCUUCGAUGACUACUUUCACCCAGGACAGACAGAUACGAUUUUCUCAAGGUCAGCAACUGGUGACCAAAUUAGUUACUGCUCCUGUAGCCUGUGGAGCAGUUAUGGUACCUAGUACUAUGUUUAUGGGUCAGGUGGUAACUGCCUAUCCCACUUUUGCUGCACAACAGCAGGCACAGCAGCCGCAGACACUGUCAAUAACACAGCAGCAACAGCAGCAGCAACAGCAGCAGCAGCAGCAACAGAGCCAGCAGGAACAGCAGCUAACUACCAUUCAGCAAUCAUCUCAGGCUCAGCUGACUCAGCAACCACAACAGUUCUUACAGACUUCCAGGCUGCUUCAUGGAAAUCCUUCAACUCAGCUUAUCCUCUCUGCUGCUUUUCCACUACAACAGGGCACUUUGGCUCAAGCCCAUCACCAGCAGCAUCAGUCUCAGCAACAGCAACUUAGCCGGCACAGAACUGAUGGUAUGACAGAUCCUUCCAAAGUUCAACCACAGUAGCUCAGUCACCCCUUUUCUGAUGUUGAAGGGGAGGGAGUGGCUAUUUCGUAAAGAGUUGCACUGAUGACCCAAUGAUGGUAGGAAAAAUGUAUACUAUAUAAGUGCAGUAUUGGAAUCUGUCAGGAGUGCCCUAUGGAAAUACAGUGAGUACGACCAGCAAGAAGAGGAUCACAGGGAUGUGGCCAAUUCUGACAGUGUUUUCGUUGCCCAGGCUUUUUUUUUAAUAAGAAAAGAACAUCCUGCCAAAUGUUAAAUUUGCCCAAAUGGAGCCUGACCUAAAGUGAACCAGAAGGGCAUUAACAAUGUUUAUUUCUAGUAGUUCUGUACAUUUUAUUGAAUGUAUUGAAUGAAUACCGUGGACAUACUGUUGCCACACCAAUGGUUUGAAUUUUGCUAAAAAAUGCCAUGAAGACAGUCCAGAAGACAUUGUCCUUUGUCAGGUGAUUAUGGGACAGUAAAUAUUUUCAGAAUGUUGUGUGGAAUCAAAUUGUUGUACAGAUGCUGUAAAAUAUUGUGUAUAUGUCUGGGAAAAAAGAGAGCGCGCAAAAUAUUUUAUAUGCUGCAUGAAAGAAUACUCUCUUCUUUGUAGGUUUGAAUACAUUUCCUUAAAUUCUUGCACCACAUUCAGACUAAUACAUCCCUUUUUUCCCCUUUUGUUUACAACACGAUACAUCGUUCUUUUCACUCUUUUCUGGGGCACAAGUCUAUUUGUAUUUUAUCUGUGAUGUCACAGUUUGUUCAAUGAGGUAUGAUGUGCUGCUGGGAGUGGAUUUUUUUCAGGUUAAAUUAUUGAUGCAAUUGUUGGAACUGAUGGUCGUGCAACAGGGUUUUCAGGAUGUUCAUAAAUAUCCCUUGUUUUGUAAUUAUUCAAUUAUGUUUGAAAAUAGGAUUUGCACUGUUUUAUGUAUGUAGAUGGUUGGGAAUUUUACUCCCUGAAGUGAUCACAUCUUUUGAUAUAGUUCAUAGUUGGAAAUAUUUAUGUAAAAGUUUUAAAUAUAUGAAAAUUAUUUCAAGAAUAUUUCAGCUAUAGGAGUAAUUUGCACAAAAUGUAUUUACAUUUUAGGCACUUUUUAACUUUCUCUGUGGUGGGAACUGUAACAUGUUAAAAUGUGUUGGAAAUCUUUUUAUUGUCUUUUACAACUUCAAUGUUUCUUUUAGUCAGAAAUGAUUCAGGGUUGUUUGAAAAAAAAAAAAGCCCCAUAGUGCCUUGAUUUUGAUUCAGGUGAUAAUGUUGACCAUUGUUUGAACUACGUUGUCUUGAUUCUGUAGCAAUAUUACAGUUUUUGAAGUCUUAGUACAGUUUUAACAAAAUGGGAGUGUUGACUAAUAUUGUUAUUUUUCUCCCAGGGAAGACUGAGAAUAUUUGGAUUGGAGAUCAUGAAUAAUUUGGGGGAAAAAAAGUGACACUUUUGUUUUCAGUCACUAAUAGAAUCUAGAAACUCAAGAGCUUUCCUAAAUGUAGGCUUAGCUACUUUCAUGCCAAAAUACUUAAAGAAUUGAGUAGUAAAUUUGACUUGAUAUUCAUAUAGUUUAAUAAGAAAAAUUAGGAGACAGGAUUUGGAUUAGUUGGAUGCCCAAACACUAGAAUAAUGUGUCCAGCAUGGUUUCUAACAUGAACUAAAACUUAAGAAAGCAUCUUCAUGUUACAAAGAUAGUAAAAAAUUCCAACAGAAAAGAUAUACUUUAAAAAAUGCUCUCUAGAAGAGAUUUUUUAUGGUACUUGUAAUGAAGUCCACAUCUACAGAGGAAAAAAAAUAAUGCAGCAGAAAUCUAUUAGGAUAUUUGAACCCCCCCCCCCCAGAACGUAUAAUACAACAGUUAUUGGUAAAUCAUUUUUUCAUGAAACAACUGAACACAGAAUGCUAGAUAACUGAGACUCACAUUGAACCCCUAAGGCUUUUUAUGAUCCACCCUGGCUGAACUAUUGUGGUUACUCUUUAAGGAUUAUACUUUUUAUUGACUUGCACCCAACCAGCAACUAGUAUUUAAAAUCCAUAAUGGAAAAGGAAAGUAGACAUGAAAAAUGAAGAACCAAAGAGAGGUAGGCCCUGCCUCUAUCUAUACAAAGGAGCAGGACCAGGUAUACCAAUAUUUAACAUAUCAGGAAUCUCAUUUCAAAUUGUGUAAUCUUUCAGGAGAGAUUUGUCAUUCCCAUGAAUGAAAACUAGUUUUUACCCUAGUGUCUAUAUCUGAAUAUAACUAUAUGUAAGCAAAACUGGUAGUUUAGAAUAUUCAAACCAAGAUGAUGACUUUCCUCUCACCUUAGAUAGCCUUGUUAAAAUUGUUUUACUAUGCCAAAUUCAUAUAUUUGAAAUCAGGCUUUAAAAAAAAAAAAACCAGGCUUCAUCCAUUAGAGGCCUGUGCUGGUGAAGAUGAGAUCUAUUUAUGGCACAUCUGAUAACUAAGCAAGUAUUUGUCAUUAAAGGAAAAACCUCUGAGUUCUGCAAACUCAGGCUCAUACAACUAGAGUGAAGUAAGAGACUCCACUCUCAGCCAAGGAAUUAAUAAGUCAGUAAAUCUAAGUACUGUAUUUACUCACAUGUUCUCCCUGCUACCCUGCCUUAAGUAGUUCCCACCCAACACAUAUUUUGAGUAGAAAGCUAAGAGAAAUUGUUCCAGUGCAUAGAAUUCCCACCUCUCUCCUCCAUACUCUGUUGCUUUGGAAUAACAGCCACUGAAAUGAAACACCCAAUUGCUUUCAACUGACCAGGGUGGUAUGAGAAAGCUAGUCUUCAGCCAGCUGCCAUGUUGUACCCUGCAUGCUCUUAUUUCUCUCUUUCCCACCUACCUCCCUUGUCUACAGAGACAAGUUUCUAAAGUACUUCCAACUCCAUGGUGAGUGAAGGUGGCAGGUGAAGCUAUAGUACAGCCACCUAGUUCUUAAAACUCUAAAUCAUCUGUCCCUUAAAAAGAAAGAUCGCAAAUCAAAAUGUCGCCACUUAAAGACUAGAAAACCCUUUUUCCCCACCAAAUUUUCCCUCUCAGACAUAUCUGGAAGGAGUUUUUGACACUAAAGAGCACUUUUAAAGAACAAGAGAGGAUGAAGGGAAAAUGUUGUGAGCUCUAGCUUUUUGUGUGCUUUAGCGCCUGGGAGAGAGAAUUCAGAGAGUAAUCAAGGUUGCUAAGGGUGGAGACUUGUUGGAAGCCAGAGGCUCAUUCUCCUGCUUUAGAAGCAAAAUUCUAAGGAGAAAAAUAAGAUCAUGCCUUCAACAAGCAUGACAAUUCGGGAAUGAUUCUCUGUACCAGUUCAUCUGACAGGAUAAUCUUUUGUCUUAGUAAACUGAUAUACAUGUAAAAGAAUGUACUGGUAAUAACAGGAAAUGAAGGCCGUCUACUGGUUUUAGAUAGAGAAAACUUGGAGCAGAAUGUAUUAAAAAUGAUAUUUGGAUCUCCUGUGUGAUAUUGUAGGCAUUGCCUUAAAAGGAAUCUGUUGUCCUGUGAGCUACUAGAUUAGCUGUUAUCAUAAGGGCUCUGUGAUUUCAGAGAGGUCUAAAUAAAAAGCCUUAGGGAAGAGCACUUAGAAUGGAACUGUUUCCCCAGCUAAUCACUUCUGGAGAAAGAUUCCACGUAACUGGAAUAUUAUUCAGAACAUUUAGAACAUUUCCGCCACAUGGAGGCAUUUCAAAGAGGAGAAAGCAUUCAGUGUUCUACUUGACCCCCACAUUCUAUCUGCUUUUUUUUGUCCUGCUCUUUCAUUAGUGACUUUGAAUGUAUGGGUAAGCAGAUUUUGCUUGUGUCAAACUCAUUCAAGUAUAUAGCCUCUCCAAUGUCUAUGACCCCAUGGGAGGAAUAAUGUUGGAAGGUUACAAACACUGGAUAUUAACAUUGCUGAAGUGAGUCUGACGAGGAAGCUAGAGCACUAGGAUAAGAAUUGUGGAAAGGAAAUUGCACAAAGGCACUUAUCCAAUUUUAAGGGAGAUUAGGUAAAGAUGUGCAUUUUUUGGUUUGUUUGAAUUGGGUAAAAACUCUAUGAACUGAGCUCCUAAAGUCAUUGAAAAAGAAAUAUAAAUAUUUUUAUAGCAUAUUUAAUAUAUAUUUGUAUAUAACUGUAAAAGUAUAGGAGCCCUUCACAUGCCUUCCAUUUUAAUCUAGUUUACUUUUGCCAUAGCGCUUAGUGUUUCCCAUCUGUAUAGGUAAUGUGCCUACUGUCAGCUUACCAAAAGAUAGUAUUGCUGCUUUCUGAGACAGGUGAGAACUAAUUUCUCAUGCCUGAGGGUCCUGUUAUAUGGGGAAUGACAAACCCUUUAAAAAUUCACAUCUAGUACUGUCAAAAAACACCAUCUGGACACACGAGCACUUUAUUGCAAUUACUCAUUUUGACAAACAGUUUUAUCAUUACAGAUUGAAGUUAUUCCCAAAGGGCCCCAAAGUUGUCAGUUGAAUAAAGUGAAGCAUUUUAAACAUUUAGACCUGGUGAACCUUUGGUUUAUGGGAGUGAUUUUAAAGUGUCAAAAACCACUUGGCUCUGUUAUUGUUUUUUAAAUGUUGAAGGAAUUGUUUAUGGGUAAAUUUUUAGUUCCAUUUAGAGAUUUUAUCAAAUCUGUCUUGCCUUUUGUGUGGCCACCAAAACAUUAAAAAGACCAAUGAGCCUGUUAAUAGUUUUCAGAGGUCUAGAAAAAAUUUCCUUCUGAGUAGGGGUAUAGAUCUAAAGUUCGAUGAAUUGGUAAUUGCAAAUUCUAGAAUAUAUCAAUUUUGAGAAGCAAACCAAAUUGUUCUGAAUGUUUUAAAUGUUGUGCCCUGCAGUAUUGGCAGGCCAUUUUAGUGUCUCAUUUAAAUUGUUCUUGAAACAGCUUUGUACUAGAAAACCUGGGAAAUGGCUGCUUUGGACAAGAUUGAGAAAAAUUUGUCAUUUCAAUCUUAUAUUAUCUCUUUCAGAAAAACUGGAGACAACUGAAAUGUAUUGAGAUGGUUAUUAAUGCAGAAUAUUAGAAACUGAAUGCAAAUUCAGAAAUAAAUCAAACUUGGACAUUAAAAAAAUUUUAAACCGCUUGUCCAUGAGAAUUUUGAAAGUUUCUUCAUGUCCUAACUUAACACUACAUUCCUUAUUUUUCUUAAAUAAAAUAGUAAUUUAAAGGUU